GGUUAGGCGACUGCAGCCGCCUGGGCAGGGGCUGAAGGGGAAGAGAAAGCAGCCCUGAGCUGUGGCCGGGACAUUGGAGGAGCUGGGAAGCAGCCCACUGCAGAGAUGAAGGGGGAAGCUGGACGUCAGCGCCAUGACGAGAAGCCGAAGCAGGAGGGACACAUCUGGGGCUCCAUGAGGAGGACCGCCUUCAUCCUGGGCUCCGGCCUUCUCCUGCUGGUGGCCAUCUGGAACUCCCUCACGUGGCAUCUUCAGAGAUUUUGGGGUGCCUCUGGCCACUUCUGGCAAGCCCAGUGGGAGAGGCUGCUGCUCACCUUCGAAGGGAAGGAGUGGGUCCUCUUUGUGACAGGUGCCACCUACCUGCCUGUCCUGUCAUUCUGGACCUUCAACGGGCUCCUACUGGUGGUUGACACCACCGGGAAACCCAGCUUCAUCUCCCGCUACCGGAUUCAGGCUGGCAAGAAUGACCCGGUGGACCCCGUGAAACUGCGCCAGUCCGUCCGCACAGUUCUGCUCAACCAGUUCCUGAUCUCCUUGCCCAUCGUGGUCCUCCUCUACCCCACACUCAAGCUGUGGAGGGACCCCUGCCGCCGAGAGCUGCCCACCUUCCACUGGUUCCUCCUGGAGCUGGCCAUCUUCACGCUGAUCGAGGAGAUCAUGUUCUACUACUCACACCGGCUCCUUCACCACCCAAUGUUCUACAAGAAAAUCCAUAAGAAACACCACGAGUGGACAGCUCCCAUUGGCGUGAUCUCGCUCUACGCCCACCCCGUGGAGCAUGUGGUCUCCAACAUGCUGCCGGCGAUGGUGGGGCCCAUCGUCAUGGGCUCCCACUUGUCCUCCAUCAUGGUGUGGUUUUCCUUGACUCUCAUCGUCACCACCAUCUCCCACUGUGGCUACCACCUACCCUUUCUGCCUUCACCUGAAUUCCAUGACUAUCACCAUCUCAAGUUCAACCAGUGCUAUGGGGUGCUGGGGGUGCUGGACCAUCUCCAUGGGACAGACACCGUGUUCAAGCAGACCAAGGCCUACGAGAGACACACCCUCCUAUUAGGCUUCACCCCACUCUCUGAGAGUAUCCCCGACCCCCCAAAGAUGGAGUGAGAGAGGGCCUGAGUGCCAUCCUGGCUGUCCCCUCAGCAGCGGACUGCUAAGGUGGCCUGAGGCCUCCUGACCACACCUGGGAACUUACUUCUUCAGCCUGGCACUAAAGAUAGCACCGCGAGGGCGGGGGCAGGCUGGCUUCCAGGAAAUGCAGGGCCAAGGCUCCCCUGACUGCCCCUUUUGUCCCUCCAGGGGACCAGGAGUUAGCUUAAGGAAGAGGAAGAAACAGCUCCCCACAAUGACCAGUCCCUACGGUCCUCUGCUGUGAAAGGAAAGAGGGGCCCGGAUGACUGCGUAGGCAAGAUGUAGCUAAUGACAGGUGGCAGCCACACUGGAGCCUGUGUGGCUCCAGAGAGCCCCUUCUGCUGCUGGGGGCUGGGGGGGCCAGAAGAGAGCACUUUCCCCCUUUUCUGUCCCCCAAACUUCUCUCAUACCCUACUCAGGCCAGAGCCAGGCAGCCUGGCAAUAGUGGUAGGGGUCAAGUCCCCCUUGCCCCUCCCAAACAGUGUCAGUGACAAAGGCCCCCCCUUUACCUCUGACCCAUUGCAAACAAACGUCAGCCCUCUCUGAAAACAAAAAUAACAUCGAAGCUCCUCCCUGAUUACAGCUGACACCACGGGUGCAGACCAAACGCCAGUACCUUCAGCCAAACCUGGAAACCAAAGGCCAAACCCUGUGGACCUGCUAAACUGGGGCCCUUUAACCCAGAGGGAAGGGUCAAAAUUUGGGGACACUUGACUGAAGCACCUAACUAGACUCUCUGAAGCAGGGCCAGGGGCUAGAACCCUCUUUCUCCAAUGAGAAGGCACGAAAAACAUGGCUGAACAAAGGGCAAAAUCCUCAUUUCCCUCCCCAAAUGAUUACUCAGUUGUUUUAGCAGUGAUGCCUUUUCAAAUGCAAUCUUACCAGGAAGCUUGUCUGAAACAAAAACACAGAGCUGCUGGGGUGGGAGCAAUCCCCACUCUGCCUGCCCUCAGCAGCCAUGGUCUUGCCAGGGGCCCGGUGGCUCCCAAGAACAAUCUGACCACUCUGAUUCGAGGCCGCCAUCAUCACUUACCAAAUGCUUCCACAUAAUUGGGCCUAUUCCUGAACUUUCAGUUCUCAUAUGUCAAGAUAACCACACACAGUAGCUUUAUAAAAUAUUAAACAUCUGCUAAGGGCAAGUCCCCAGGCAGACCCAUCAGCACUAGGAAUCCAGAGGACCUACCUAAUGGGCCGACUGGACACUUCCCAGGUAGAAUCUUCCCUGGCCUGGCAAAGCUCCAUCCACUCAUCCACCUCAAGAAUUGGUGCACCUGGCGGGUGACCUAUAUCCUUAGCUAAGUCCUCACAGCCACUAGCCUGCACCCACAACCUGGGACUUAUAAACGUUCAGACAAUAGCCCACCUCCAAUACCCUUAAAAAGGUCAGGAAAUGAGGAACAUGGAGAAAGAGUGGAAACAUUUUUUCCCUUAAGACCUUGAGAUUCAGAAGUUCCGAAGGGGCACCUGGGGGGUAAGAGGCAGGCGGUCCACCUUUCACCGCUUUUGACAGGCUAGUGGGUGGGCCCUGGCAGAGGGGGCCAGCCCUGUCCUCUUCUGCACAAAACUAAAGGGCCCUAAAGUUGGUAAAUAAAUAAGGCUCAAGCAAAGGCUGAGGUCUCAGAUUUGCAGCAGAAAAUGUGUGAGAGGAGGAAGCAUGGAAAUAAACUGGUCUCCUUUUAACUCCA